CAGAUGAGCGAUGAGCGUCGAUGUCGUGAUCUCGUGAAGAAGCAAGAAGUGCUGUCGUGAUUGAGGUUAAACACGUCUUAUGUUCUUUAGAAAGGUAUGCUCGUGUCUUUUGUUAAUUACCAGAAGACAAACUGUUCAUCUUCUACCUAGAUCAUCGUUAUACUUUAAUAAUACCAAGUUCAGUAGCUGGGGAAGUAAAAAAAAUCAUCGUAAUAUAAAAAUUGGAAUAAGCUUAUUUAUGGAUCCUAAAAGUGAAGAGAUUCUUGCCCCUUUUCGGGCUUCAGUAAAGGAGCAGGGUGACUUAGUUCGAUCACUGAAAGCCGAUGGGGCAACGGAAAUCGAAAUUAAAAAAGCAGUAGCUGAAUUGAAAGUGAGGAAAAAGGUUCUUGAAGACAAAGAGCUUGAGUUGGCUCCGGCUGCUGCCACCUUUGAUCGAGCUAAAAUGGAGGAUUUGCUUAAGAGACGUUUCUUCUUCGACCAGUCCUUCGCAAUCUAUGGAGGAAUAAGUGGUCAAUAUGACUUUGGUCCAAUGGGAUGUGCUCUUAAAGCCAAUAUGUUGAAUGCUUGGAGAAAAUUUUUCAUACUUGAAGAGCACAUGCUAGAAGUCGAUUGCUCUAUUCUGACACCAGAACCUGUUCUGAAGGCGUCAGGCCAUGUGGAUCGAUUUGCUGAUUUAAUGGUGAAAGAUGUGGUGAAUGGAGAGUGCUUCCGUUUGGAUCACUUGAUAAAGGCUGCUCUGGAAAAUGUUGCUCGCGACAAGAAGACAUCACAAGAAGUUCGAAAUGAGUGUGAAGAUAUAGUAAUCAAAUUGGAUGGCAUGACUAAGGAUGAAAUGAGUGCUGUAUUGGAAAAGUUUAAAAUACGGUCUCCAUUAACUGGAAAUGAGCUAACCGAACCCAUUGAGUUCAAUCUCAUGUUCGGAACACAAAUUGGCCCUUCAGGACUGAUAAAAGGGUUCUUACGUCCAGAAACAGCACAAGGUAUAUUUGUCAACUUCAAGAGACUGCUAGAGUUCAAUAACGGCAAGUUACCAUUCGCAGCUGCUCAAAUAGGAAAUGCCUUUCGUAACGAGAUUUCCCCACGCUCUGGUCUCAUAAGAGUCAGAGAGUUUACAAUGGCUGAGAUUGAGCACUUCUGUGAUCCUAUCGAUAAGAGCCACAAUAAAUUCAAAAAUGUGCGUGAUACGAAGAUGCUGCUGUACUCUGCUUGCAAUCAAAUGGAUGGCAAAUCGGCAGAGCUGAAAACAAUUGGUGAAGCAGUUGAUACUGGUCUAGUGGCAAAUGAAACGUUGGGCUACUUCAUGGCAAGGAUUCAAACAUACAUGAUCAAAAUUGGAGUCGAUCCACUCAGAUUGAGAUUCAGACAGCACAUGAGUAACGAAAUGGCCCAUUAUGCUUGCGACUGCUGGGACGCUGAGUGCCUUACUUCCUACGGCUGGAUAGAGUGUGUUGGCUGCGCUGAUAGGGCAGCGUUCGACUUGAGUCAACAUUCCAAAGCCACCAAUGUGAGGCUGAUGGCUGAGAGGAAACUUGCCCAACCAAAGACCAUCAGUGUUACUGAAAUUCAACCCAACAAAGCGGUGAUUGGAAAGACAUUCAAACAGAAGGCUAAAGCCAUAGUUGAUGUUCUCUCAUCCUACAGUGUAGAUGAAAUUAUGUCUUUCAAAAAAAAACUUGAAGCAGACAAGGAGACUUCGAUACUCGUAGGAGAAGAACCGGUGAAAAUUACUCAGGAAAUGGCCAGUAUUAAAAUGUAUGAUAAAGUGGUGCACGUCGAUGAAUUCUUCCCAAGCGUGAUUGAACCGUCAUUUGGCAUUGGCCGCAUCAUGUAUGCCCUAUUCGAACACAACUUCCGUUUCAGAGAAGGAGAUGAACAACGCUCCUUGUUUGCAUUGCCUCCUCUUGUAGCGCCAAUAAAGUGUAGCAUCCUUCCAUUGAGUUCUAAUUCUGAAUUUGAACCAUUUGUUAUCAAACUUUCGAAUGCCUUGACCAAGUUGAAUAUUUCACACAAGGUCGAUGAUGCUUCGGGAUCUAUUGGAAGAAGAUAUGCAAGAACUGACGAAAUCGCCAUUCCAUUCGGAAUCACAAUUGAUUUUGACACUUUGAAAGAGCCAUACUCAGCUACUUUGAGAGAACGAGACACCAUGAGCCAACUCAGAAUCAUGUUGGAAGAACUACCUGGAGUGGUGGCCGACUUGGCUGAGGGAAGGCUAGCGUGGUCUGAUGCACAGAACAAGUAUCCUAAAUUCGAGCAACAAGAGAACACCAAGCAUGGAGAAGAGUGAAUCUUCUUAAACUAUUUUAAUAUUUAUCAUCAAUCAUUGUGAUCUGAUUACAAUCUCAAACACAUUAA